AUUUUAUUCUGUCCAAAGUUCAGGUACAUAUGAAUUUAAAGAAUCUGGAAUAAAAGAAAACCUCGAAUCCACCCAAACACUUAUCCUUCGAGUCCUUCGACCAUUCACAACCGCAAGCCAUCGCCUGCGCCGAGUCGCCACACACGCAAGCCGUCGUCUGCAUCUUUGUCUCUUCCGCCGACAUAAGCUCAGCUCAAAAUGUGCGCUACUUCGCUAGGUCUUGAGAUUGCAAGCUAUGGUUUCCCCUGGUUUUCCUUUUCAUCCAAAUUUGUGAAAUUGGUCAACUGUCAUAUGCAAUCCUAACGGAUGGUGGCAUGGCUACUUUGUGCUGUGGUGGAGGACAAUGAAAAUCUUGCACAGACUGCUUGUGAUCGGAAAGUCAACCUCUAAGUCCGCAAUCCCAUUUGGGCCGUUCAAUUUUGCCACCCAAACCCGAUGGAUGAAGCCUGCGAACACUGCUCAAACCCGACUUGAGAACCGCACCAGGGACUUGAAGCUUGACCGCCUCACUGCUAACCGCCGCCGCCUCAAUCUCAUUCUCAACCUCCACCGCCUGGUCUCCACCAGAAAACGGGGUCCCUUCGUCGCCAUACAGUCCCUGUCCAAGUUGGCGCCACAGGCCGGCAUCAAAACUCUACCGGCGGGAGCUUUCAUUAGGAAAUACCCUCACAUUUUUGAGGUAUUUACGCACCCUGCCUAUCAUAACCGAUGUUUCAGGUUUACCCAGAAAUUCACUGCCCUAAUAAGAGAAGAAGAGGUCAUGAUCGCUCAACUCGAACAGGACUCUGUCACUCGAAUAAAAAACCUCUUGCUCAUGUCUGUGAAUGGCACCCUUCAUUUGCAUUCCCUCAGAUUAAUUAGAGAUGAAUUAGGGUUUCCUGAAAAUUUCCGAGAAUCAAUAAUCAGGAAGUAUAACACCGAUUUCAAAAUGGUGGAUCUAGAACUUGUGGAAUUGGCUGUUAAGGAAUGUGAAAGACCAUCUAUGGUGGCCGAGGUCGAAAAGUGGCGGGAAAAAGAGUAUACAGAGAGGUGGUUAAGUGAAUUUGAGGUCAAAUAUUCAUUCCCUAUAAAUUUCCCAACAGGAUUCAGAAAAGGGGCAGGGUUUAAAGAGAAAUUGAACAAUUGGCAACGAAUGUCAUACAUCAAGCCAUAUGAGAAAACGAACAUCGUUAAUGUUCGUAGUUGUGGAGGAGUAGAGAGGUAUGAAAAGAGAGCUGUGGGAAUCAUUCACGAACUCCUGAGUUUAACCGUAGAGAAGAUGGUUCGAGUUGAACGGUUAGCUCAUUUUCGGAAGGAUCUAGGAAUCGAAGUGAAUAUCCGUGAGUUGCUUUUGAACCAUCCGGGGAUUUUUUACAUAUCUACAAAGGGGGAUUCUCAAAUGGUUUAUCUGAGAGAAGCGUAUGACAGUCAAGGUUGUUUGAUUGAGCCAAACAGAAUUUACAAUGUUAGAAGAAAGUUGUUGGAGGUAAUCUUAAUGGGAAGCCGAAAUACUAGAGGAUUGAACUUGGAAAGGGAAGUACAGGAGAAAGAAACAAGGAUUGUCAAAGGGAAUGAAAACAAAAGUAGCAAGGUAGAUGGUGACUUUGUCAUUCCAAUUCUAGAGAAGUGUUGAUUAUAAAUUGAUCAAUUGAUAAAUUAGUAAUCUAAAGAGGUAUUGAUGUAUUUAGUUAUUCUACAAGAACUAAUUCAUCUGUCUUAUUUUUUUAUUUAUCUAUUGCUUAAGUAAGUUUAUUGUGUUUCUUCUUCCUCUUCAUUUUCACUCUAAGCUCAAAUGUACCAUUCACUAUGUUUUGAAGUUGCAUAUGAAAAAUUUAAAACAAUAUACAUU